AUGUCAAGCAGCAAGAAAGUCUUCGUAUUUGACUUAAAUGGGACGCUUUUAGCACGCGUAAAGGAAAACAAGGGAAAACUCAUGAAAAUGCAGGAGCCAGACGGAGUCCUCUCAGGACCCGGGGAUCUUAUCUACUUAAGGCCGCACUUGGGGGAGCUCGUAGAGUUUCUGCACAAAAACAACGUGCAAUACGCCCUCUGGACAACGGCAAUGGAGCAUAACGGAGUCCGACUGGCCUCUAUGGUGGAGAAAGCAGGAAUGACAAAGGCCCUCGGAAAGUACUACCACGCACACUCUGAGCCCAUCAAAGGGCAUCCGUACAAAAGAAGCAAAAACAUGCAGGUUGUAGCAAGUGCGACGGGAGUAAGCAUUGAAGACGUCUUCCUUAUUGAUGACGAAGUGCUGAAGUGCAUCCCCGUCUCGUGCCACAUCCCGAUAGAAGAGUAUAAGCCCCUGGAGGAAGACACAGAACUUUUGAGGAUAAUAGAAGUCAUCAAAGGACACCUCUAG